AUGGAUCACUCAGGUCACGGUAUGGUGGCUUCUACCACAGCCACGGUCAUGUCUGGUAUGUCUGACAUGUCAGGAAUGACGCAGACUGCGACAGGCACCGCUGCCAUGGCUUCCAACACUGGGAUGUCAAUGGGCGGAGGUGGCAUGAACAUGGGUGGAGGGUGCAAAAUUAGCAUGUUGUGGAACUGGUACACCGUCGACUCCUGCUUCGUCUCUCGAUCAUGGCACAUCACCUCGAAUGGUAUGUUCGCCGGAUCUUGCAUCGGAGUGAUACUUCUCGUGAUCCUCCUCGAAGCCCUCCGCCGCGCUGGCAAAGAGUACGAUCGCUACAUCGUCAACCAAUACUUGGCGUCGCACGCUACAGUCGCUGCAGCAGCCUCCUCCGCAUCCUCUGACGACGACUCAAGGAAGAAUCCUGCAACCACUGCAGCUAUCGCCCCAACAGCCCAGAGCUUCCGCCCCAGCGUCAUUCAACAGGCAAUCCGCGCCCUUCUCCACAUGCUCCAGUUCGCAGUAGCGUAUUUCGUCAUGCUGCUAGCCAUGUACUACAACGGAUAUAUAAUCAUUUGCAUCUUCAUCGGCGCGUAUCUUGGGUAUUUCAUCUGCGGAUGGGAGAGCUUCACAGUGGGCAGGGGAGGCUCAGAUCGCAUGCAGGAGAACGCUACAGUAUGCUGUGGCUAG